AGUUUUGAAACCCAUAAUCCUGUGUGAAGCAAAACAGAGAAAAUGGCAUUGUUGUGUGGCGGCACGCCAUGGUCGAAGGUUACUAUUUCACCCAUUUUCCACCACUCCCACACCCCUCGCACCUUCUUCUUCCAACGACGCCGUUUCUCAGUCUCUGCUGCUUUCUCCGAACAACAACCACCGCCACCCGUUCGCGUUCGUUUCGCUCCUUCUCCCACCGGAAACCUCCACGUCGGCGGUGCCCGAACGGCCCUCUUCAACUACUUGUUCGCAAGGUCCAAAGGUGGGAAAUUUGUGCUGAGAAUUGAGGACACUGACUUGGAGAGGUCCACAAGGGAGUCUGAGGAGGCCAUGCUCAAAGAUCUUUCUUGGCUUGGACUUGAUUGGGAUGAAGGGCCUGGUGUUGGAGGGGAUUAUGGUCCUUAUAGGCAGUCUGAUAGGAAUUCUUUAUACAAGCAAUUUGCGGAUAACCUACACCAAUCCGGUCAUGUUUAUCGCUGCUUCUGUUCUAAUGAGGAACUAGAGAAAAUGAAGGAGGAUGCUAAACUAAAGCAACUGCCUCCAGUGUACACAGGUAAAUGGGCCAGUGCAACAAAUGAGGAAGUAGAAGAAGAGCUAGCAAAAGGAACUCCUUACACUUACCGGUUCCGAGUCCCUAAAGGAAGUUUAAAAAUUAAUGAUCAAAUACGAGGCGAAGUUAGUUGGAACUUGGAUACGCUUGGAGAUUUUGUGAUAAUGAGGAGUAAUGGUCAGCCUGUUUAUAACUUCUGUGUAACGGUGGAUGAUGCUACCAUGGCAAUUUCCCAUGUUAUCAGGGCAGAAGAGCAUUUACCAAACACUCUAAGGCAGGCAUUGAUAUAUAAGGCACUAGGAUUUCCCAUGCCUUAUUUUGCACAUGUUUCUUUGAUUUUAGCUCCUGAUAGGAGUAAAUUAUCAAAACGACAUGGGGCAACAUCAGUUGGUCAGUUCCGGGAGAUGGGAUACCUACCGGAAGCAAUGGUGAAUUACCUAGCAUUAUUAGGUUGGGGCGAUGGGACUGAAAAUGAGUUUUUUACACUUGAUCAACUUGUUGAAAAAUUCACUAUCGAACGUGUUAACAAAAGUGGUGCUAUUUUUGACUCAACGAAAUUAAGGUGGAUGAAUGGUCAGCAUUUAAGAGCACGUCCGUCAGAGGAGUUGACCAAACUUAUUGGAGAGUACUGGAAGACAUCUGGCUUACUCACAGUAUCAGAUGGGUCCUUUAUUGAUGAAGCAGUUCAACUACUUAAGGAUGGGAUUGACUUGAUAAAUGAUGCAGACAAGGCCCUAGCUAACUUACUUUCUUAUCCUGUGUAUUCUACUUUACAGAGUGAUGAAGCAGAAUCUGUCUUGCAAGAUAAUCUUUCUGAAUUUGCUGCUAGCCUCUUGGCUGCCUAUGAUAGUGGUGAUCUGGUAGCAGCACUUGAAGAAGGCCAUGCCGGCUGGCAAAAGUGGGUGAAAGGCUUUGGAAAAUUGCUAAAGCGCAAGGGAAAAUCGCUUUUCAUGCCCCUCCGACUUCUGUUGACCGGAAAAAUCCAUGGACCUGACAUGGGGGCAAGUGUUGUAUUGCUCUAUAAAGCUGGGACUAGCAAUGCAGUAGCUCCUGAUGCUGGUUUUGUGACACUGGAUGAAAGGUUUAAAAUACUCGGGCAAAUUAACUGGGAAACAUUGUCCAAGGACCAAACUGUCAAAGAGACUGCUGAUCCUGUCUAACUAAGAAAUGAUUCACUGUCAAGGUCUAUCAAACAAUACCAUGGUUUUACAUAUCUGCUUGGUGCCUUCUUUUUCUUUUUUUGCAGAUUUGACUAGAGAAGUCUGAUUUGUAAUAUUUACCGGGGGAUCUUGUUAGUCGUAAUAAUGAGUUCCAUUUUGUUUAGGCAAGUUUUUGUUUCAUUGUGACUAGAUAUAUUUUCUAUUUUUCUGAUUUGGAAACAUGGAUAUUUUGGAGAGGUAUUUUUUUAUUAUUUAAAUAAAAUAUGGACUAGAUAAACUGUAUUUGUUUUAAUAUAUAUGAA